GCGACAUGGUCAUCUGUCGGCGGUGGCUUGGCCGUUAAAUCGCGAUGGCCGUGUUGUUUGUGAUCCUCUUGGCAAGAUGGCCAGCGUGAGCAAGCAAGCCAACAUGCAAGCUGGGCAGUGUUGUAAUAGCGGGGAAGCCAGACGGUCACUCAACGUCAUAUGCUAACAGUCCUGGCGAAGGUAUAUGAGCCUGGGAUUCUGCUCUACAGCACCGUUUUCUUGCAAAUCAAUCUACAACUCUGAACGCUCACAAUAUCAUUCACGAAACCUCUCUUCAAACAUCUAUUCACAAUGUCUGCCGCCGGUGCCAAGUCCGUCAUUUCCAACGACAUGCAGGAGUUGGGUCAGGGCAAGGAAGACAUCUCCAACAAAAUCUCUGGCCACAAGGCCAACCUCUCCAACCCCAACACGAGCGAGGAGUCCAAGGAGAACAGCAGAAAGGCGAUCGAGGAGCUCGGCGGACCUGACAACCACUACGGCAAGGAGGACGGCCCACGCAGUAAGAGCGCGGCCGAUGCAUUGGAGGGCAGCCGCGUCGUUUAGACACUUCUCUCGGAAGAGAAUCCCGUUGUUGUUCAGAUACGUUGUUCAGAUACUGAGUGUAAUGAUGCCAUUUUAUUUCCGAUAGCCUGUUGUCGACAGUCUGACAUAACAGGGUACCUGCCUGAUAAUUGCGUGACAUCACCUGGAUGAACAAAGUUUAG